GGGGCACUUAUUCAGACUCUGAGCUCAAGCUUACAGUUGUAGUCAGAUAUUAUAAUAUUCAGACUGCUUAUACUGUACAUCCAGUGGAGGCUGUGCUGUUUUGAAGAGUGCUUUUUUGUGUUGAUCUAGUGGAGUAGAGGGAGUUUCAUCAGCUAUUUCAGGACCAGUUCUCUGAUUUGAUGGUGAGAGAUGUAUGAGCCGCUGCGGUCUGCGUGCUUCCCACACCGCAGCAUUCAGGGCUGAGAUCAACACAGCUCUCGCUGCCUGGAUUUCACGCGACUAUGUUCUCUUGAUGUGCCUUUCUGUGAGGGUGUCGUAGCUGAAGCGAGACACAUUUGACUGGCUGGGCCUCUGGCCAUGAUGGCCCCACGUAAGCGAGGAGGACGGGGCCUGUCAUUCCUCUGCUGCUGUCUAAAGGGACGGGACCAGCCUGAGAUCACCUACCGCCUCCGCCAUGACAGCAACUUCACACUGCAAACCAUGGAGCCCACCCUGCCCAUGCCCUCCUCCGAGGAACUGGAUGCCAUGUUCACUGAACUGGUGGAUGAGCUGGAUCUCUCGGAGAAACAUAGAGAGGCCAUGUUUGCCCUUCCUGCUGAGAAGAAAUGGCAAAUCUACUGUAGCAAGAAGAAGGAACAGGAAGAGAAUAAGGGGGCGACCAGCUGGCCUGAAUUCUACAUUGAUCAGAUAAAUUCUAUGGCUGCUAGGAAGUCCCUGCUGGCCCUGGACAAGGAGGAUGAGGAGGAGAGGAAUAAGACCAUAGAGAGCUUGAAAACAGCUCUCCGCACACAGCCCAUGAGGUUUGUGACGCGCUUCAUAGACCUCGAUGGACUGACGUGCGUCUUGAACUUCCUGAAAACGAUGGACUACGAGACCACCGAAUCUCAGAUCCACACCUCACUGAUUGGCUGCAUUAAAGCCCUGAUGAACAACUCUCAGGGACGUGCCCAUGUGCUCGCACAUUCAGAAAGCAUCAACAUCAUCGCGCAGAGCUUGGCCACCGAGAACAUCAAGACCAAAGUGGCCGUUCUGGAGAUCAUGGGUGCUGUUUGCUUGGUGCCCGGAGGACACAAGAAAAUCCUGGAAGCCAUGUUGCACUAUCAGAAGUUCGCCUGUGAACGCACACGAUUUCAGACCCUUCUAAAUGACUUGGACAAGAGUACGGGCCGCUACAGAGACGAGGUGAACCUCAAGACGGCAAUCAUGUCCUUCAUCAACGCGGUCCUCAGUAAAGGAGCAGGGGAGACCAGUUUGGAGUUCAGAAUUCAUUUGCGGUAUGAAUUUCUAAUGCUGGGAAUCCAACCAGUGAUUGAUAAAUUACGGUCCCAUGAAAACUCCACGUUAGAUCGGCAUUUGGACUUCUUUGAGAUGCUACGAAAUGAAGAUGAAUUAGCCCUCGCUAAGCGGUUUGAAAAUGUUCAUAUAGACACUAAAAGUGCCACUCAGGUGUUUGAUCUCAUCCGGAAGAGGAUAAACCACACGGAUGCCUUCCCGCACUUUAUGUCUGUCUUACAGCACUGUCUUCAUAUGCCUUACAAAAGAACUGGGAACACUGUGCAGUACUGGCUCCUUCUCGAUCGAAUUGUCCAGCAGAUUGUCCUACAGAACGACAAGGGUCAUGACCCCGAUGUGGCUCCCCUUGAGAACUUCGACGUGAAGAACGUGGUGCGAAUGUUGGUCAACGAGAACGAGGUGAAACAAUGGAAAGAACAAGCGGAAAAAAUGAGAAAAGAGCAUAAUGAACUUCAGCAGAAGCUGGAAAAGAAAGAAAGAGAGUGUGAUGCAAAAGCCCAAGAGAAGGAUGAAAUGAUGCAAACGCUCAAUAAGAUGAAAGAGAAGCUGGAGAAGGAAAGCAGUGAACAUAAGCUUGUUAAGCAGCAAGUGGCUGACCUUUCUGCCCGGCUACAUGAGAUGAGUAAUAGGACAAAUAUCCCAGGUGGCCCCCCUCUCGUCACGUUGGCCCCUGGUAGCAUCCCACCUCCACCACCAGGUCUAGCUGGCAUUCCUCCUCCACCACCACCUCCAGGUGGAGCACCCCCACCCCCUCCCCCUCCUCCUGGCGGGCCGCCACCUCCACCAGGCCUGCCCGGCUUUGGUCCUCCUCCCCUGGGAGGUCUUCUGGGCUCCACGCUGACGAAGAAGAACAUCCCUCAGCCUUCCAAUCCGCUUAAGUCUUUCAACUGGACCAAACUCGGUGAAAAUAAACUGGAAGGGACAUUGUGGCUGGAAUUGGAUGAAAUCAGAGUUUACAAACAAUUGGACUUGGAGGAUAUUGAAAAAACAUUCUCCGCUUACCAGAGACAGCAGGACUUUCUGUUCAAUAACUUUAGACAGAAAGAGACAGAGGAUGACGUGGUCACUUCUAAAAAGGUCAGAGAAUUGUCUGUCAUCGAUGGUCGGCGUGCACAAAACUGCAACAUCCUUCUCACCAAGUUAAAACUCUCCAACGAGGAGAUCAAGAGAGCCAUACUGACCAUGGAUGAGCAGGAAGACCUACCUAAGGAUAUGUUGGAGCAGCUGUUGAAGUUUGUGCCAGAAAAAAGUGACGUGGACCUUCUGGAGGAACACAAACAUGAGUUGGAGCGGAUGGCGAAGGCAGACCGCUUCCUCUAUGAGAUGAGCAGAAUCAACCACUACCAGCAAAGACUGCAGUCUCUUUACUUCAAAAAGAAGUUUACAGAACGAAUAGCAGAAAUCAAGCCGAAAGUGGAAGCUCUCAGUAAAGCAUCUAAGGAGGUUCUUCAGAGCAGGAAUCUUCGACAGCUUCUGGAGGUGGUGCUGGCCUUUGGGAACUACAUGAACAAAGGCCAGAGGGGCAAUGCCUAUGGCUUCAAAGUGUCCUCUCUCAACAAGAUCGCUGACACCAAGUCCAGCAUCGACAAAAACAUCAGUCUUCUGCACUACCUGAUAACCAUUCUUGAGCAGAAGUACCCUAAAGUCAGCCUGAUUCAUGAGGAUCUGCACAACGUUCCAGAAGCGGCCAAAGUCCACAUGACUGAACUGGAGAAAGACAUUAACAAUAUGCGCACUGGCUUGAAAAGCGUGGAGACGGAGCUGGAGUACCAGAGGGGUCAGCCUCAGAUCCACGGCGACAAGUUUGUGUCUGUUGUGAGCCAGUUCAUCACUGUUGCUGGUUUCAGUUUCUCUGAAGUGGAAGACUCUCUUCAGGAUGCCAAGGAAUUGUUUGAGAAGGCCGUGAAGCACUUUGGGGAGGACGUCACACGCAUGCAGCCCGAUGAGUUCUUUGGCAUCUUCGAUCAGUUCCUACAGGCCUUCAGUGAAGCUAAACAGGACAAUGAGAACACGCAACGACGCAAGGAGGAAGAGGAGCGCAGAGCCCGCAUGGAGGCGCAGCUCAAGGAACAGCGUGAGAAGGAAAGAAAAUCUAGAAAGGCCAAAGAGAACUGCGAGGAGGAUGGAGAAUUCGACGACCUGGUGUCUGCCCUCCGAUCCGGGGAGGUGUUCGACAAAGAUCUAUCGAAGAUGAAGCACAACCGUAAACGUCCCGUCAAACAGAGUGCAGAGAGCAGCAGAGAGAGGCCCAUCACCAAACUCAACUUCUGAGGAGCGCUGCCUCCUGCUGGUAGAGCUGAGACAUUACACCCGUGUGCACAAUGCUCUACCACUGUUUAUUAUCCAGGCCCCAUUCGUGCUGACUGCCAAAAUACUUCUGGAAGAUUUAUAGAGGCUUUUCUAAACAUGUAAAUCAGUUGACAGUGUUUGUGUUGAAGAUGACUGGAGUUGUGCCGCAAGGACACCAUAGUUCUCCCCAGGGAAAGAACCAACAGAAAGGGC